CGUGCUUUCCGGUGCUGGUGCCGUCGCAUGUGCGUGGUUUCCGUGGCUGCCACCGUCGGGGCUGCGGAUCUGAGAACCGGCACCAUGGGGAGGCUGCACCGGCGCUUCAACGUCAAAGGACGGCAGCAACCGCCGCCGAAGCCCGAGCCUGAGCGGCCGGACGUCCAGGUGCAGCUGGAGCUGGACGACAGGGCCUUGCUAAAAGGAGUGGAUGAGAGCAAUGCGCUUGUCCUGCCUGGACGGAAGGAGAAGAAGAAGAAGGUUGCGCCCAGCACCAAAAAGGAGAAGAAGCCCCUGACCAAGAAGGAGAAGAAGCUGCUGCAGAAAGUGUUGGAGCAAAAAAAGAAAAAGACCGAGCGAGCAGAAUUACUACAGAAGCUGAGUGAAGUCCAGGCAUGCGAGGCAGAAAUGCGGCUUCUGUAUACCACCUCCAAACUGGGCACUGGCGAGCGGAUGUACUGCAGCAAAAGGAAAACAGAAGAGACUGGCCCCGGGGGUCCGGAGAAGAUUAGUAGCCUCAGUGGGGCCAACAGAAAACGACGGAGACAGCCUUCCAAAGAGGAAUCUGAGUCCUCCAGUGAGGCCGGGGCCGAGGCUGAAAGUGAGGCCGAGGCUGGGAGUGAGACCGAGGCUGGGAGUGAGGCCUCAGAAAGCCUGGCAGCGGCUGGUCAUGAAGAGGCUGAGCCGGCAGUGACUGUGAAGCCUGCUGAGCCUGCUGCCAAGGACAAGAGUUCUCUCCCUGGCAGCCAGCCUCCCUCCACUCCCCAAAAGCCCUCUGCAAAGCCGGCCAUUUUCGUCCCUGUGGACCGCUCUGCUGAGAUUCAGGAAGCCCGACUCAAGCUCCCCAUUCUUUCAGAAGAGCAAGUGAUCAUGGAGGCGGUAGCUGAGAACCCCACUGUCAUCGUGUGUGGGGAGACAGGCAGCGGGAAGACCACCCAGGUGCCCCAGUUUCUGUAUGAAGCCGGGUAUAGCAGCAGCGACGGCCUCAUCGGCAUCACCGAGCCUCGCCGAGUGGCCGCCGUGGCCAUGUCCCAGCGGGUGGCCAAGGAGAUGAACCUUUCCCAAAGGGUGGUUUCCUACCAAAUCAGAUAUGAAGGGAAUGUGACAGAGGACACCAAAAUCAAGUUCAUGACCGAUGGCGUCUUACUCCGAGAGAUCCAGAAGGAUUUCUUGCUCUCAAAGUACAAAGUGGUCAUCAUCGAUGAGGCCCACGAGAGAAGCGUCUACACAGACAUCCUGAUUGGUCUCUUGUCUCGAAUCGUGUCUCUUCGGGCAAAGAAGCAGCAGCCCCUGAAGCUGCUCAUCAUGUCGGCCACGCUCCGCGUGGAGGACUUCACCCAGAACUCCCGGCUCUUCUCGGUGCCUCCCCCUAUUGUGAAGGUGGAUGCCAGGCAGUUCCCUGUGACCGUCCACUUUAACAAAAGGACCCCGCUCCAGGACUACAGUGGCGAGUGCUUCCGGAAAGUCUGUAAGAUCCACCGGAUGUUACCUCCAGGAGGUAUCUUGGUGUUCCUGACAGGGCAGGCCGAGGUGCACUCGCUCUGCCGAAGACUCCGGAAAGCCUUCCCCUGCUACAGGGGCAGCUCCAGAGGAGCAGAGGAAAAAGAGGAUUCUGUGGAAGCGAUGAGAAAAUUCAAGAAGUCCCGAGGCAAGAAGGCCCCUGCUGCAUUGCCCAGAAUCGAUUUGGAUAAUUACUCAGUGAUGCCUGUGGAUGAAGGGGAUGAGGACAGGGAGUCAGAAAUGGAAGAGGAAGAGGAUGCUGUGGGUUCCGAUCUUGACCUGGACCUGGGAGAUGGGGAAGCUGAAGAAGAUGAGAAGCCAGACGCCUCCCUCCCUCUUCAUGUCCUGCCGUUGUAUUCACUGCUGGCUCCAGAGAAGCAAGCCCAGGUGUUCAGGCCUCCCCCAGAGGGAUGCCGACUGUGCGUUGUGGCCACCAACGUGGCAGAGACAUCCCUGACCAUCCCUGGCAUCAAAUAUGUGGUUGACUGUGGCAAAGUCAAGAAGAGGUUUUAUGACAAAGUGACCGGUGUGUCCUCUUUCCGAGUAACAUGGGUGUCGCAGGCAUCGGCUGAUCAGCGGGCCGGGAGAGCCGGAAGGACGGAGCCAGGCCACUGCUACAGGCUGUAUUCGUCAGCCGUUUUCAGCGACUUUGAGAAGUUUUCUCCUCCUGAAAUCACCCGGCGGCCCGUCGAGGAUUUGGUCCUUCAGAUGAAGGCUUUGAACAUAGAAAAGGUUGUCAACUUCCCCUUUCCCUCCCCUCCCCCUACGGAGGCCCUGGUCGCCGCAGAGGAGUUGUUGACAGCGCUCGGAGCUUUGCGGGAGCCCCUGAAGACAGGACGGCUCAAACAGCUGCAGGGGGCGAAGCUGAGCUGCCCAAUCAGCCCCUUGGGUAGAACGAUGGCCACCUUUCCCGUGGCCCCCCGCUACGCCAAGAUGCUGGCCCUCAGCCGGCAGCAUGAGUGCCUGCCCUAUGUCAUCACCAUCGUGGCCGCCAUGACGAUUCGCGAGCUGUUUGAGGAGUUGGACAGACCGGCUGCCAGCGAGGAAGAGCAGGCCCAGCUGAAGGGGAAGAAAGCACGAGUGUCCCAGAUGCAGAGACUGUGGGCCGGCCAGGGUGCCUCGCUGAAGCUGGGUGACAUGAUGGUGCUGCUCGGCGCGGUGGGAGCUUGCGAGUACUCGGGAUGCACGCCCCGAUUCUGUGAGGCCAACGGACUGCGGUACAAGGCCAUGAUGGAGGUCCGGCGGCUGCGGGGGCAGCUGACCACCACAGUAACCUCCAUCAGCGAGCACGCCACAGGCCUCUUUGUGGAUCCCAAAAUGAAGCCCCCAAAUGAGGACCAGGUGAAUUUCCUGCGGCAGAUAGUGCUGGCCGGCCUGGGCGACCACGUGGCCCGGCGUAUCCAGAGCGAGGAGCUGCUCGAUGACAAGUGGAGAAACGGCUACAAGACCCCUCUGCUCGAUGAUCCUGUCUUCAUCCACCCCAGCUCCGUCCUUUUCAAAGAGCUGCCCGAGUUUGUGGUCUAUCAGGAGAUUGUGGAAACCACCAAGAUGUACAUGAGAGGUGUCUCCGCAGUGGAAGCUGCUUGGAUCCCGGUCCUGCUGCCCUCUUACUGCCACUUUGAGAAGCCCCUGGAGGACCCUCCCCCGGCCUACUGCUCCAAGACUGGCCAGGUUGUGUGUCACCGGGCCAGUACCUUCUAUCGCGUGGGCUGGCAGCUCCCUGCUGUGCAGGUGGCCUACCCCGAGGGGCUCGACCGCUACAAGUACUUUGCCAGGUUUUUCCUGGAAGGAGAGGUCUUUAAAAAGCUCAGCCGUCACAGGAGCUGCUUGCUGUCCAGCCCCAGCACAAUGCUCAAGACGUGGGCCAAGCUCCAGCCCAGGACGGAGAGCCUCCUGAGAGGCCUGGUUUCCAAGAAAGCCGAUUGCCGGGAUGCUUUACUGCAGGCCUGGAAGCAGGAGCCUAAGUAUCUGCUGUCGGAGUAUUGCGAAUGGCUCCCCCAGGCUGUGCACAACGAAGUCUCCCGGCUUUGGCCGCCCUGCACACCUUGAGCUUCCACACCCCAGCAGCUCUUAUGGCUUUUACUGGGCCGGGCGGCACCGGCCUCUCCCUGAAGGGCUCAGGCCUGGCCCCUCAGCACAGAGCAGGACUCCUCCCGGGCAGCCCUGGCCUGCUCCCAGGGGGCACAUCGAAUCCCGCAGAGCCGGCUCCAUCUCUUCCUCCCAUGUGACGAAGCUCCCAGUAAGCCUGGUUUUUCAGGAGUGUUGUUGCUGCCACAUAGGCUGUGUCACCUCCUCAGCACCUCCUGCCCACUUGGGCGCCCUGUGGCCGGCCUCGUCCCUCAUGUGGCUGCCAGAGCGGGUCUUCCUCACCCACAUCCAUGCUACAGGUUGCUCUGCUCCUCCGGUAGUGCCGUGGCCACAUCUUCUCUGAGAGUGAUACUGACAGACUCCUUUGGUGUUCAGAAACCCUGUCGGGCCUCCCUGGCCUGGGGUACUUCUUGGUAGUGACAUGCUGUCCGAUCUUUGCCUUCCUGCCUCCAAAUGCCAGGUGUUCUCUCUCUCCAGCGAUCUCUUAGAACCCUUUGACCCUAUCGAGGCUCAGCUCCAGUGCCCCACCACCCAGAGACCUUCCCUCAUUCCCCAGCUUUCAGUCUCGUCCUCUCUUGUUCCCCUCCCUCAGGUCACUGUGGACUUUGUAUAUAGGCUGUUUACUGGACCGUGAACAUCUAGUGUCCCUCAGGUGGACUAUAAGCCCCUUGAGGGCAGGGACUACCUCACUUUUAUGCUUAGCUCUCCAGGACCUAGUGCAGCAUCUGUCUUGAAAUAAAACUGCCCUUUUCUUAUUAAAUUUUUUUUUUAAUUCUGAAGUUAAAAAACAAAAUGAGCAUUUCUCUCUCACUUCCUAACUCAGUGGGACUGAGUAUUCUUAUCCUCUCCUCUGCCCUUUCCCACACACACCCUUAGAUCUAAACUCUUUGAGGACCAGAGACACAUCUCCCACUCCCUUGAAUUCCCGAGGCCCUUGCACACACAGGCACGCAGCAUUUUCUUAGUUGAUCCUCUGCUCCCAUGACCACCAAGUACCAGCUUCCACUCCCCAGAGAGAAAGUGGGACUGGAGAGGGGUGUUUCCAUGGCUCUCCCCAUCUUCCCUUAUAAUCACAAUGGCGGCAACAGGAACAAAUGCCAAGGACUAGGUUAUUACUGAGAAAGGAAAUCCUUUUCUUAUGCCGUCUGGUGUAAAUAGGUAGACAUUUGGUGGAAAUAAAUUUAUUUAACUAAGA